GCAUUGAGAACUCGGUCGUGUGUGUCCUGGGAUAUCGAGUACUUGAAACUCAAUAAACUGAAUCCCGUUCCCAGCGACAUAGCCAUAGCCCGGGCCCAUCCCUGUAAACCCAUCGCUCAAUUAGCGGCUGAAAUUGGUUUGACUUCCGGAGAAUACGAACCGUACGGAGCAUUCAAAGCAAAGAUCUCUAAACCUGUUCCUCAGUUCAACAAAAACUCUGUCCGAGGAAAGUAUGUUGUGGUCACCGGAAUCACACCCACACCUCUCGGAGAAGGAAAGAGUACAACAGUAUUGGGUUUAUCUCAAGCAUUGGGCGCUAAUUUACACAGAAAUGUCAUUACAUGCAUACGACAGCCCAGUCAGGGUCCUACUUUCGGCAUUAAAGGUGGUGCUGCCGGUGGAGGAUACUCACAGGUUAUUCCAAUGGAUGAAUUUAAUCUACACUUAACUGGUGAUAUCCACGCCAUAACUGCUGCCAAUAACUUGGUUUCGGCCGCAAUCGACGCCAGAAUAUUCCACGAAUCGACUCAAACGGACAUUGCUUUGUACAACAGAAUAGUGCCCUCAAAGCCGGGCAAAAAGAGAGUCUUUUCUCCGAUACAACUGAGAAGACUAGAAAAGCUGGCAAUUCCUACAAGUUUAGCACCAAAUGAGUUAACGGCCGAACAAAAGGGAGCCUUUGCUCGACUCAACAUAAAUCCUGAUUCAAUCACUUGGAAUCGGGUUAUGGACGUCAAUGAUAGGUAUUUGCGACAAAUAACUAUAGGCCAGGCGCCAACUGAGAAAGGCAUCACCAGAAAAACACAAUUUGAUAUAUCAGUUGCGAGUGAAUUGAUGGCAAUUCUGGCGCUUUGCGAGAACUUAGCCGAUGCUAAAGAGCGCAUCGGACGCAUAGUAGUGGCCUAUUCUCGAGAUGAUAAGCCGGUUCCUAUUACUUGUGAUGAUCUAGGUGUUACCGGUGCUGUCACUGUCCUUAUUAAAGAUGCGGUUAAACCUACUCUGAUGCAAUCAUUGGAAGGAACUCCUGUUUUUGUUCACUGCGGCCCGUUUGCUAACAUAGCUCAUGGAAAUUCAUCAAUAAUUGCUGAUAAAAUUGCUUUGGAUUUAGUCGGAGAAAAGGUGACUGAAUGUGGAUUUGGUGCUGAUAUUGGGUUUGAAAAGUUUGUUAACAUUAAAUCUAGAACUUCAGGCAUUUUCCCCGAUUGUGCUGUUCUGGUGGCUACAGUCCGGGCCCUUAAGAUGCACGGGGGAGGACCUAAUGUCACUCCCGGUGCUACCAUUCCCAAGGAAUACAGAGAAGAAAACUUAGAGCUUUUAGAGAAAGGCUUGUCUAACCUGAAGGCACACAUUAAUGUCAUAACCAAAGUGUAUGGUUUCCCUGUUGUGGUGGCUAUUAAUAAAUUCUCGACGGAUUCCGAUAAAGAGUUGGAACUCGUGAAGAAAGUAUGCAAAGAAAGCGGCGCUUUUGACGCCUGUAUUGCAGAUCAUUGGGCUCUGGGAGGAGACGGUGCCGUAGAUUUGGCCAAUUCUGUGGUUAGAGCCAGUGAUAGCACCAACUCAUCCAACGCUAAGUUUACAUAUGAUGUGAACGAUUCAAUUGAAAAAAAGAUUGAAACCAUUGCUCAAAAGAUAUACGGCGCUAAUGGAGUUGAGUUUAGUUCGCUUGCAAAAGACAAAAUUAAACUGUAUGAGUCCCUUGGUUUUGGUAAUUUACCGGUUUGUGUGGCUAAAACCCACCUCUCAUUCAGCCACGAUCCUAAUCUUAAAGGCGUUCCGAAGGAUUUUACAUUCCCUAUCACUGAUAUCAGAGCGUCAAUCGGCGCAGGAUUUUUGUACCCCUUAGCCGCUGAGAUCACAACAAUGCCGGGACUUCCGACCAGACCUGCAUUCUAUGACAUAGACAUCGAUCCUGAAACUGAAACCAUUGAAGGCUUAUGUGAACAUUUACCGGUUUGUGUGGCUAAAACCCACCUCUCAUUCAGCCACGAUCCUAAUCUUAAAGGCGUUCCAAAGGAUUUUACAUUCCCUAUCACUGAUAUCAGAGCGUCAAUCGGCGCAGGAUUUUUGUACCCCUUAGCCGCUGAGAUCACAACAAUGCCGGGACUUCCGACCAGACCUGCAUUCUAUGACAUAGACAUCGAUCCUGAGACUGAAACCAUUGAAGGCUUGUUCUAA